GGUAGCUUUGGUGGCGUCAGUCACCAACGAUAUUAAAAGGCUAUCCAGUACAUUCGAGUUAAUUCAAGCUAUGCUUGAAGAUGCUGAGUCUCAGCGAUUGAAGAAGAACAAAGCAGUGACGAUUUGGUUGGAGAAGAUCAAAGAUGUGGCCUAUGAUGUGGACGACAUAAUAAAUGAGUGGACGACGUCGGAAGCUCUCAGAUCACAAGCAGCCGAUGAAGGUAACGUGUCCUGUUUCAGCAAGAACAAUUGAAGCGCUUGAGCAUCGGAGUACAACAGAGCGUUUGGAGUUAGAAGAGAUUGGACGGAAAAUCGUAAACAAGUGUCGAGGCGUGCCACUUGCUGCAAAGACACUAGGGAGUGCAAUGCAAUCGAGAAGGACGACAAGACAGUGGGAGCACGUGUUGGAAAGUGAAAUAUGGAAUUUAGCUGAUGUCAAGGAAGAAAUUUUACCGGCUUUGUUACUCAGCUACUACGACUUGCCUCCUACUCUGAAGCAGUGCUUCACAUAUUGCUCUAUUUUCCCCAAAGAUUGGGAGAUAAAGAAGGAUAAAAUAGUUCAGUUAUGGGUGGCACAAGGCUUCAUCGGCUCCGACACAAGCAAAGAUAUGGAGGAAAUUGGUGGGGUGUAUUUUGAUGAUUUAUUAAAACGGUCGUUACUCCAGGAUGCAAGAAUGGAUGAUGAUGGCAAUAUAUUCGGUGUCAAGAUGCAUGAUUUAGUUCAUGACCUAGCACAAUUUGUUGCAGGAAAUGACUGUUCGAUUCUGAAGAUGACACAAGGGGCCAUUUUUAACCUAAACAAGGUCCGCCAUUCUUCUUUACCAUUCACUGGCCCAGGUGCAUUUGAAGUGACCUCAAUUCCAUCCAGCUUUUAUAAAGUCCAUAAGUUGCGAACAUUGUUUAUCUUCCGAGAGUCAGGCUUAUUUGAUUCUUCAAUAGAAAUGUCGGAAAUGGAAAAAGUAAGAAGCUGCAAGGUCCUCCACAAUCUAUUUCAUCAUUUACGAUGCCUUAGGGCAUUGGAGAUGAGUGGAACUAAGAUUUCGAGAUUACCUCGCACAGUAGGACAGUUGAAGCAAUUGAGAUAUCUCGAUUUGUCUCGCUCAAUGAUAGAGGAGUUACCCGAGGAGUUGAUUGAUUGCAUAAAUUUACAGAGCUUGAUAAUCAAUUACUGUCGUUUCCUAAAAAGACUGCCUAGAGAAAUGGGGAAAUUGAUUAGCCUCAGACAUCUAAAAUUCAGAGGCACGGAGCUGAAGUACUUACCCAAAGGGAUAGGGAGACUAACUUCUCUUCAGACGUUAACAAAAUUCAUUGUGGGUGGCAACGAUGGAUGUGAGUUAGGAGAACUGAAACACCUUAACCUCCUUCGGGGACGUCUUGAUAUAUACCAAUUGCAGAAGGCGUCAAGUCAGGAGGAAGCCAAGCAAGCAGAAUUGAAUGAGAAGAUGCACCUUCAUACUCUCUCCUUACAUUAUUAUUAUGAAUAUGGAGAGGUAGUGGGAGAUGAAGAGCAGAGGAGAGCAGAGGUGGUGCUUCAAGGACUCCGACUCCAUACAAACUUGAAAGUAUUGCUGAUAGAGGGUUACAGAGGUUCCAAGUUUCCCGAUUGGAUGGGGGAUCCUUCUUUCUCCAAUCUAAUCUUUGUCUUACUGUAUAAUUGCACCGAAUGCGAAGAGCUACCACCUCUCUGGAAUCUACCCAUGCUCCGUAAAUUGUGGGUCUUCGGUUGUCCAGUCUUGGCGGAGCGGUACAAAGAGGGAGGAGAUGACAGGCACAAGAUUGCACACAUCUCUGAUCUCGACAUGUCGUAGUGUGAUGAUUUGUUGAGCGCUGUGGGGGCGACUUUGAUGUAUUUGUUUUUAUUUCCAUGCGGUGCAUACAUUUUUCCUGCUCAUUUUAGCGCUUGAUCUCAAAACACAAGAAGAUCCAAAGCUCAACUGGACAACACCGCGAGAAACAACAGGGAUAAUGACACUCUAAUGCUUAUUCACCAUCCAACCUGUUGAUAAGGUCACAUGGAUCUGGUUGAUGGAGAAAUACAAAUAUGAGCUUGAUCUAAAACUUUCGUAGCCCACAGGAAGUUUUUAAUGGUGGGCAUUCAAUUACCACGGUUUCUCAUGGUGUGGUCCAAUUGAACUUCAGUUCAGUUUCAUUUUUGGGACCAUGCCAUAAAACGAGUUGGAAAAAUGGAUAAAUGGCAUGGAUAUCAUUCAAUGGCAGUUGUGUGUUUGGUUUUUUUUAUU